CUCUUAACUAUUAAAUAUACUUUUUUCGCGUUCGUCGUUCAAUAAUAUAAAAAUAGACAAAGACUUGUUUCUAAUUUAUAUUAUUAACAAAUAAAGUGUUUAAGAAGAGCUGGAAUAAUUGUUACUGCUUUUUGUUUAACAUGGAGAAAAGUCCGAAUCCUCCACCAUAUAGUUGGAAUAAUGGGCACACAAUGCAGCCGCCGCCGGCUGCUCCACCUAGCUAUUCCCAAGCUGUUGGAGGAGUAGGACCUUCUAGUCCAUACACUCCCCAAUACUCUCCAUCAUCAGGGCCAGCAAUUGUCACAACAGUAGUGCCAGUGGGUCCACAACCCACACACAUGAUAUGCCCCAGUUGCCAUGCAGAGAUGAAUACUUACACACAGACAAAGCCAGGACUUAUUGCCUAUAUAUCGGGAACAGUUAUAUGUUUGAUGGGAGGAUUUUUAGGUUGUUGCUUGAUUCCAUGCUGUAUAGACAGCUGCAUGGAUGUCCAUCACAAGUGUCCCAACUGUGGGGCUUAUCUUGGUCGAUACAGGCGAUAAAAACAUUUUGUUUUCACAAUAAGCCAUGGGAUUUUUUUUACCGCAGCAAGUAAUGGUCUAUUUCCAAGCACCUCACUAUCUAUCUACUUUAGACAAUAACUGCCUUGUAGACUGACUGUACUGGUGUAAUUUUUUUUCACAUCACACUUUCAAAACAAAGAGAUGUCUAUAUUAUAAAUUAAAUGUCCACAUCUUUAUGUGUAGUAGAAAUUACUAUUAAGACAUACCUGACUAAUUAAUAAACAAGGUCACUCAUUAUUUAACAAAUAGACAAACUGACAAAUUUGGUGUCAAUUGACAACUAUUAAUUAUAAUUUUCUAAAAAUCAAAAUUUGCGUCAUAUAUAAAUAUAUACACAAAACCAUGCUUAUUAAUAAGCCAGGUUAUUAUAUUAUAAAAUGUAUUAAAAUGGUAUAAUUUAUCUUAAAAUGUUUCUCUAAGCCCAGUUUAAUGUAAUUGAAUAGGAAUAAGUAUUUAAUAUUAUUAAUAAGGUAUCUUUUGUGUAUUUUUUAUAAAAAUAUAUUAUGUACAAUUUUUAUAUUUUAGGAUUUUGGAAUAUUUAACUUACAAUGUUGAUCUUGAUGAAUUAUUUUAAAUUAUUAUGAUUUCUGAUCCACAAUAGUGGUUGUUUUAUUUAGUAUACAAAUAAUUUAAAAAACUAGGUUUAAGAUAAUGUUAAAUUUUAAUUUAUUUGUUUUUUUUUGCUUACAAUUACAUGCCCUUAAUUUACAGAUCUGCGAUUUAAAAUUGUUAUGUUCUCUUUAAAUCUAGUUAACUAAUUUAAUAAUAAUUUUAAUUAUAUUAUAUUAACAAUGUCAAAACCAAUGUUUUUAUUAUUGGUUGAAUAUAAUGUACUAUGUAUGAUCUUGAAUGUUUAGUAUUAAUAUUAAACCUCCUGACGCCACAAUGGGUAUGUUAUAGAUAAAGUUAAAAGAUUAUCUUUACAAUAAACAGAUAUUUGCAGGUUUUUAAUUGAAACCCCAUGUUGAUAAAUAAAACUAUGUCAGCACUGAUUAUUUCGUCCAUAGUUUUUUUUAUCAGCAGGAUCUUAAUGUCAUGAUAUAUGUCUGUUUUAAAUAUUAAAUUAAUAAUCUACAUGUUUAUUAUAAGAAUAAAGUACACGUAAUUGAUGUUUACUACUGCAUAUACUAGAUUAACAGCUGAUAGUUUAGUUGUUUAGCCAAUUUGUAUCAAAAUUUUUGAUCUAUCUAACAAAUGAUAAAAUACAAUUGUGAGUUUCUCGUUAGAUAUAAUUAUAUCAACAAAAUAAGUAUCUGGUGAUGACUUUUCAAUGUAAUGCACCUGAAAUGUAUAGUUCAUUGAAAUGUGCAAACGUAACUACAGAAGCUUAAUGCAGUUACUAAACUAUCAGCUGAAUAAAUCUAUUAUGUGCAUUCUGUUUAUAAAUGUUUUAAAGACCAUACAGCUUUAGCCUUCAUUGUGUUCGCUAAUGUUAUACUACUUUCCUGUGACUAAAAACAUAAUAAAAUAAAUUUUAACGCCUUG